CUCUCGACCAGAUAUCGAAGAAGAAGAUGGCGGCGAAGAUAGUGGUGGCUUUGGCAUGUAUGGUGGUGAUGUUAGGGCUGAGUGAAGCUGCGGUGUACAAAGUUGGCGACUCAGCUGGCUGGACAACCAUAGCCAAUGUAGACUAUAAGCUAUGGGCCUCUACCAAAACUUUCCACAUUGGUGAUACUGUCUUGUUUGAAUACAACCCACAAUUCCACAACGUGAUGAGAGUGACGCAUGCAAUGUAUAGAAGCUGCAACAACUCAAACCCAGUCUCCACCUUCACCACCGGUAAUGACUCAGUCACACUCACCAACCACGGCCACCAUUUCUUCUUCUGCGGCGUUCCCGGCCAUUGUAUGGCCGGUCAGAAACUUGACCUCAACGUCAUUCACCCCGUCUCCUCCACCCCACUCUUUGAUCCACCGAUUUCCUCCUCUUCUCCUCCUCCUCCGACUACUACCAUUCCUGCAGCUGGAGUCCCCGGUCCAUCUCCUAGCCACGCGGCCUCUCUCCCGACUGUGGUGGCAGCUGUGGUGUCUCUCCUUGUCUCUUUGGUCUUUGCAAAUUUUGCGUCUUAAUUAGGAUUAUACAAACAUUGCAAUUAUUGCAUAUACAGUAUACCUUUUGUUAUGUUUUCGUCUACCUACCGUAUUGUUCUUUCCCCCUGAGUUGAUUCAAAAUGUAGAGACUACGUCAAUAAUAAAAAGAAAAAAGUAUAAGUAUGAUUUAGUUAGUAUUAUUUUUGUAAAGAUAAUUAUUGCAAAUCUUUUAGAAUAGUGUUCUUAGCGUAAUAUAAAAAAAGUAUCUUAUCUUUUAACUAAGAAAAAUUAAAAAACGUCUUUUAGUUCUUUAUUUUUGGUUCAGAGACGUGAUUGAGAAUGAUUAAUAGCCUGCUUAUAUGUGCAUCUAAUUUGACAACAUAUGUUAUGAUGAGAUCAGUCUGGUUCAUCCGUAUUUUCUUGCUAUGUAUUUGAUCAAGAAUCUUGUUAUAAUGUACUGGUAACAAAACAUAGACGAUGAAACAGCUUAAAGAUUAGAUAUACCACCUCUAUACUAUUUUGAUAUAGAAAUCAUUUUAAUGCUUAUAUAACGAGAACAAUAAAUACAUAAA